CUUCUGUAAAGUUCUUCUGUGAAGUUCCUCUGUUACGUUCUUCUUCUUCUCUUACGAAGCCAUUCUCCACGAACAUUAGCAUUUUCGUCUUACAGAGUACCGCGUGUGUGUCUCAGAAGACGUCUCUCGUUUUUGAUUCGGUUUUUCUUCUUGACGGCUGCUGCACAUGUCGGAUUUUGGGAGUAUAAAAGGCGGCGCGGAUUUGGAGUAUGCAACACAACCCAGCGAGGCGUCCACACAGACCCACUGUUCAUACUUCAGCCAAUAGCUAGCGCUUCAGGAUCGCAAGGAUUAGCAAAAUGUACAAGUUGGUGGUGUUCUUCGCUCUGCUCGCCGUGGUUGCUGCCCGUCCGGGGUACCUGGGUCUGGCCCCUUGGAGCUAUGCCGCUCCGGCGAUCCAUUAUGAGCCGGCCCUGGCCAAGGUGGGCGCCAUAGUGAAGACCAUUCCCAGUGCCGUGUCCCAUCAGAGCAUCAGCCAGGUGCACAGCUCGGCCCACAUCAUCCAGCCGAUUGUUGCUCCGGUCCUGAAGACCUACGCUGCCCCCAUCAUCAAGACCUAUGCGGCUCCGGCUCUGCACACUACACUCCUGUCGCCCUCGUGGGCCGGUCACGGCUGGGCCCCAUCUUGGUGAAGUGAUCCUGUACGGUAGUGCGUGGGCUAGCAACUGCUACCCAGAUCCAAUGCAAAUUUUCCCUCUUCAUCCUUCAGUCUUGUUUUUCCUUCUCCUUCAUGUUUCGACUGAUGUAAAUAAAACCAUGUUUCAUGCUCAGAAUAA